UUGGAGCUUAUUACAAUGGGUAGAGCACCAUGUUGUGAGAAAAAUGGGCUGAGGAGGGGCCCAUGGACUCAAGAGGAAGAUCAGAAGCUCAUUGAUUACAUCCAAAAACAUGGUUAUGGCAAUUGGAGGACACUCCCCAAGAAUGCUGGGCUGCAAAGGUGUGGAAAGAGCUGCCGACUUCGCUGGACAAACUAUCUACGACCCGAUAUCAAGAGAGGCAGGUUUUCAUUUGAAGAAGAGGAGACAAUAAUUCAGCUUCACAGUAUAUUAGGAAAUAAGUGGUCUGCUAUUGCGGCACGUUUGCCAGGAAGAACAGACAAUGAAAUCAAGAACUACUGGAACACACACAUUAGAAAGAGACUUCUCAGAAUGGGAAUCGAUCCGGUGACUCACAGUCCGAGGCUUGAUCUCCUAGACCUCUCAUCAAUUCUAAGUUCAUCUCUCUACAAUUCAUCUCAAAUUGACAUUUCCAGGAUGCUUGGCGUCCAGCCUUUAGUGAAUCCAGAGCUUCUAAAGCUAGCAAGUUCUCUAAUGCAAUCACAACAAGAAAACCCAAAACUUGGUUUUCCUCAAACUGGUCAAGAAAAUCAUCUUGUCCCAAACCACUACCAAUAUAACCAAAUUGUUCCAGAUAUUAAUCCACCUUGCACCAUACCUAACUUUUCUGACGAGGCACAACUACUUUUGGACCCCAAUGUGGAGCAAUUCUCGUCAAGCUUCAACAACUUUAGCUCCCAAAUUCCUCCAUUGAAUGAUUGGCAAACCAAUGGGGACUAUGUGCCGGCAACUCUACCAAGUUACAACUACAAUUGUAGUUUUCCUGAUCAAGCAGCAGCAAUCAUGGACCCUUCGUCGGAGACUUCAUCGACUUUUAUGUCCAACGGCAGUGACCAUAAUUUCAGCUUUGCGUCGGCUUUAUCGACGCCUUCAUCGAGUCCAAGUCCUUUGAAUUCCAACUCAACUACGACGUACGUCAACAGCAUUGAAGAUGAGAGGGAAAGCUAUUGCAGUAACAAUAUGUUGAAGUUUGGAAUCCAAGAUACUUUGGAUAUUAAUGACUACAUGUUUUAAUAUUUUAUCAAAAUCAAUACAACACUGAUUGAAGAGUUUGUUUAUUGAUAGUUGCAAAAUCUCAUGUACUAAUUAAUAAUUGAUUUCUUGCAAUAUUGUUGCUGACUUCAUAAAGGUUACUACUUCAAGAAGCAGGCUCAUGUCGUUUGCUCUUUUUUUAAUCGUUACUGGAUGGAAAGU